UUAUUUGAUAUAUAGAUGUUCAAUAUUGUUCAUUUUUGUUAUUGUUGAGGUCUAUUGACUGAAUUUAACUCUAGUUCUAAGACAUUUCAAAGCUUCUGUUAUUGUUGUUUCUCGUUCUCAGCUCUAAGGGCCGCUGUUGAUUUGUAGAAACGCAUGUAUGUGAUCGCCUGUGGUUGGUGGAGCUGUGCUGAUGCUGGUAGGAGAUUGGGGAGGAGACUAAAGAGAGUCGAUGAAGGGAGACAGUCACUGGCUAAUAGCAAACAAACUAGAUGUAUUUGUGGAUAUUUUGAAUAAGGAACAUCAUCUAAAGUUUGUAAUUUGAAUGCUUCACGUAUAAAAAUGUUUGUGAUUAGAGCAUGUAGAAGGAUUCAUUGUUACAAAUCGCGAGGACAGCCACUGGAUCGCGUUUUCUUAUGGAGGGUCUUGUUCAUCAUGGCUGCUUGUUCGAUCUCAAACAUAAACGCACAGAUUCGUUACUCCGUUCCAGAGGAAAUGAAGAAAGGGUCGCUGAUUGGAAAUAUAGCUCAUGAUCUUGGUCUGGAUGUUCAAAGGCUGCGCUCGGGUCGGGCUCGUAUCGUGUCUGGCGACAGCACUGAGUACGUAGAGCUGAAAUCAGACAAAGGGAUUUUGGUUGUAAAAGAAAGGAUUGACCGAGAGCAGCUUUGCGCUGAAACCACUCCGUGCAGCUUCACAUUUGAAAUAAUACUUGAUAAUCCAAUGGAACUACAUCAUGUUACGGUAGAAAUACUGGAUGUAAACGAUCACUCGCCAAGAUUUCCUAAAGACGAAAUUAACCUUGAAAUAAGUGAAUCAGCCACGCCUGGGGCUAUUUUUUUACUGGGAGGCGCAGAAGAUCUUGAUGUAGGUCUAAACGCACUACAAAAUUAUAUGAUGUCACCUAAUUAUUAUUUUAUUCUGAAACAACACGCACGUCCCGGUGGAAUAAAAUAUGCUGAAAUGGUGCUUCAGAAACCCCUAGACAGAGAGCAGCAUCCACGACUAUCUCUCAUUCUCACGGCGGUAGACGGAGGAAACCCUCAGAGAUCUGGUAAUAUGAAAAUAGAGGUGAAUGUACUAGAUGCAAAUGACAACGCACCAGUAUUCAACCAAUCAGUUUACAGGGCAACAGUAGAAGAGAAUUCAUCUAAAGGAACUUAUAUUACAACUGUUAAUGCUAGUGAUGCAGACAGUGGCACAAAUAGUUUGAUUUCAUACAGUUUUGCUAAUUUUAAAGGGAACAUAAACGGCAUUUUUAAAAUCGACGAUAAAACUGGCGCUAUAACACUAAGUGGGGUACUUGAUUAUGAAAAAGCAAGGAAAUACGAAAUUGACAUCGAAGCAAAAGAUCAAGGCGGUUUGGGAAACUCUGCAAAAGUCAUAGUCGACUUAAUUGAUGUCAAUGAUAAUGCACCAGUUAUUAGUGUUAUGUCAUUUUCGAGCCCUGUUUCUGAAGACGCAACUGUUGGAACAACUAUUGCCAUUGUCAGUGUGAAGGAUGUAGAUGCAGGAGACAAUGGUCACGUUGUCUGUACAGUAGAUCGAAAUACUCCAUUUAAACUACAGUCCUCACUGCGGAAUUAUUACACUUUAGUCACUGAUGCUGCUUUAGAUCGUGAACGUGUGGCAGAAUAUAAUAUCACUAUCACAGCUGCAGAUUCGGGGUUGCCUGCGCUUUCUAGUAAGACAACUUUAAUUUUGAAAGUAUCAGAUGUUAAUGACAGUCCUCCCAGGUUUCAAAAGACUGUUUACACUACAUAUGUUACUGAAAACAAUCAACCUGGUUUGUCCAUAUUUACUCUGAGUGCUCAAGAUGAUGACUGGAACCAGAACGCUCGUAUUUCGUAUCUUCUAGAUGAGACUACAGUGGGUGGAUCCCCUGUUUCCUCUUUUAUAUCAGUAAAUGCUGACAGUGGAGUGGUUCACGCACUGCGCGGAUAA